AUGCCACUGCUGCCAUACCCUCCUCAGCCCACCCUGCCUGACUCCCGCAGGCUGCUCCGAGGUGACGCGGUGGUGAAACUGGGCCUCAACGAUUACCUGGACAUCGUCUGCCCCCACUACGAAGGCCCAGGGCCCCCCGAGGGCCCAGAGACGUUCGCCUUAUACAUGGUGGACUGGCCAGGCUACGAGGCCUGCCGGGCAGAGGGCCCCCGUGCCUUCAAGCGCUGGGUGUGCUCCCUCCCCUUCGGCCAUGUUCAGUUCUCAGAGAAGAUUCAGCGUUUCACUCCCUUCUCCCUUGGCUUCGAGUUCCUGCCUGGAGAGACUUACUACUACAUCUCGGUGCCAACUCCGGAGAGUUCUGGCCGGUGUCUGAGGCUCCAGGUGUCUGUCUGCUGCAAGGAGAGAGAAUCCGAGUCUGCCCAUCCUGUUGGGAGCCCCGGAGAGAGUGGUACAUCCGGGUGGCGAGGGGGCGACGCUCCCAGUCCCCUCUGUCUCUUGCUGCUGCUGCUGCUCCUGAUUCUUCGUCUCCUGCGAAUUCUGUGAGCCAAGUGGACCCUCCCUGUCACCCCAAGGAGCCCUCCCAAGACCCCCUGGAGGAGGAGGGAUCCCUGCCACCUGCACUGAGGGUGCCAAUCCAGACAGCCAAGAUGGCGCAUUGAUGGGGGAGGUCAGAGGGUCUGAGGUGACCCUUGCAGGGGUGUGCCCCUCAUCACAGGCUAAGGAGGAACUGCAGACAGCCCUGGACAUCCUGGCAGCUGAAGCAAGACAAACACAGAGGCUUUGUAGGCUGCUUCGAGGGUCUCAUCCCAGCCCCCAGACAGACUGGGAUUUGGUGGGACCAAAUCCUUGAACCCACAGGGGGCCAAGGCUGAAGAUCUGGGGACAGGUGGAUUGCUGGACCAGGGCAAGGAAGAAGCCCGGCCAUCUGUGCCCUAUGGGCCCCUCCCCUGGGGGAGCACCUUGCCCUCCCCAGGGGGUCAGGGGGUCACUUGCUUGUCUUCUGUGAAGACGGACUUGUCAUGAGGUUGAAUUUCAUGCCAAUUUGUAUUUUUGUAAGUGUCUAGACCAAACCUUCAAUAAACGACCAUCUUUUUGCUGCCUUCCCCAA